GAAGUUCGUCAGUGUGACAGGCUCGAGUCUGUUUCUGUGAAUCCGUCUGGUGGCGGUGGCAUACUGCGGCCAGCUUGACCCGAGGCCGUUAGUCUGGCCAUAAUUAAUGUAUGUGCAUAUUUUUGAAAUGUCAGUUUUAUGCUCAUAGAAUGACAGACAGGGUAAUGGACGCGAUUUUAAAAAAGGACAGAGUGAAGCUACAGUGAACGUCUCUGACUGAAUUUGCUAGUAAACGCAUCAGCAGCAGCGCACGUGGGGCAGAUGCUGCUAGAGUCACCGACCGUGUCUGAAGCAGACUUCGUCGCGAGUGUGUGCGUCGUUACAGAAACACAGGAAGAAGUGUAAAAAACGGAUGUAUGACAAUGACCCAUGUUGCGAACGCGACCAGCCGCGGGUUGUUUUAUCUCCUCGUGUUUCACUUAACAUUUUAGCGACACAUGAGAACAGGCUAGCUCGCUGCUGCUCUGUUUGGAGUAUUCGGUGCGCUGUUGGGAGCACAAGUGUGAAUUUAUCUUCAGCGAGUGGAUACGCGCCUGAGACAACAUGGGGACUCAGGGCACAGGACGGAAAAGAUCUACCAAGAAGGAGAGGUCGACGGCAGAGGACGAUGCCCUAAAUCUCAUAGCGAGAGAGGCCGAGGCCAGGCUGGCAGCGAAGAGGGCAGCCAGGGCAGAGGCCAGAGAGAUCCGCAUGAAGGAGCUGGAGAGACAACAGAAGGAGAUCUUUCAGGUGCAGAAGAAAUAUUACGGCUUGAACACCAAAUUAGAUGACCCAGUGGACAGCAAAUGGGGAGAUAUUGAGCAAUGGAUGGAGGACAGUGAGAGAUACUCACGUUCUUCACGGAUACAAACGCUCUCAGACGAUGAUGAGCGGAUGUCAGUGGGAAGCCGGGGCAGUGUCAGGUCGGAUCUUGAUGCCGUUGGGGCGUAUGGUGGUGGGGACUCCCCAUCACACUCACACAAGAAGUCAAAGAAAAAGAAGAAGCAUAAGCACAAAGACAGAGAUAGGAACGGCUGUGAUGAUGAUUACAGUGUAAUAUCCAGCAGGAGCUCAAGACUCAGUGAUGAAAGCAGAGUGUCUCGCUCCUCCAGACUAGACCUAACGAGCUCCAGACUAAGUGAUGACAACCGGAUGUCUCGUGCCUCCAGAUUAGACUUGCAGCCGGUCUCUUAUGCUUCCUCUGACUUGUACAGCUUCAAUGGUCUGUCCUCCUCCAGAAACCCAGGUUCAGCUUUCAAUGGUUACCAGAGCUCUGCAUAUGAAGAUGGUCUCAGUAUUGGGCCACGGCGAGUCGCUGGCUCACAUCCUUUAGAGUACACUAGUUAUCGCAGCUCCAACUCCAGAGCCUCUUCCCGGGCCAGUUCGGCCCGCGCCAGCCCAGUGGACAACUGCAGCUCUGUUGCCAGUUUUUUAAGGAGCGCGGCCAGUAGCAGUGGCCUCCCCCGAGACCUGGACGAUGUUACUAUUCCUGACUUUUCCGAUGUGGAGGACAGAGAUUAUCUUGAGAAGGGAUCUCGAGCAGCUUCUGCCAUAACAGCAGCAACCCUCACCUCCUUGGGUGGGACUUCCUCACGGAGAGGAAGCGGCGAGACGGCUAUAAAUGUCGACGCAGAGACCUCUAUACGAGAAAUCAAGGAGAUUCACGAACUGAAGGAUCAGAUUCAAGAUGUGGAAACCAAGUACACACAGAACCUAAAAGAAGUCAAGGAUGCAUUAGCAGAAGUGGAGGAGAAGUAUCGUAAGGCCAUGGUGUCCAACGCCCAGCUGGAUAACGAGAAGAACAACCUGAUGUACCAGGUGGACACACUGAAGGACUCGCUCAUGGAGCUGGAGGAACUGCUGUCUGAGUCACGUCGUGGAUAUGAGGAGAAAGUCAAGGAAUUCGAGCGAGAGAAACAUGCCCACAGUGUGCUUCAGUUCCAGUUCAAUGAAAUGAAAGAGACGCUAAAACAAAGUGAAGAGCUGCUAAAUGAGAUCCGUCAGCUGCGUUUGAAACAGGAGGGUUUUAUUAGAGAAAUAUCUGACCUGCAGGAGACGGUGGAGUGGAAGGAUAAAAAAAUUGGGGCCUUAGAGCGACAGAAAGAAUACACAGAUGCAAUCCGAAUUGAGCGAGAUGAGCUCAGAGAAGAAGUGGUGAAUCUGAAAGACAUUCUGAAGAAACAUGGAAUAGUAUUGGGACCUGAUCUGAACAUCAAUGGAGAUGGUGGUGAGGCAGAAGUUGAAGGAUCCCCCAGUGCGGACCCUGCUUCCCAACCGACUCAGGAUUCCCAGACCUCUCCAACGGAGGGGAACAGCAUGCUCGGCAACACAGAGGACACUCAGUUGAGAAGUAGCGGAGAGGAAGAGGUGGAUCCAGAGCAGCAUCAAGAAAUGGUUGAGGAGGCCGAAGAGAAUCAUUUGAACUCUGAUUCACUCUGUAAUGUUGCUGAUGUCCCCGUACUGGAAACAUCUAGUGAAGAACAGCAAACAUGCUUAGCCACUGAAGAAGACAAUGUUGAAGAAAGUGGCCUCAGCAAGGACUUAAAUGUUGACAUUGAUGACCGUUCAAUCACAGAAGCCAAAGAUAUAAAUGUUUGCAGCCCUGGGCUUCAAGGGAUUGUAACAAGUUCUGAGGAAAAUGUUCCAGAAACAGAAACACCUGAGGGGGGAGAUGUUGUAGACAUAAGUAACCCAGAUUUAGGGGAGACACAAACCACAAGCAGUAGUGUUGAGACACACAGUGUUGACAGAGAGUCAUGUAACGACUUUUUAGAAGAGCAAGACAACAAAGGGAAAGAUGUUGAGAGAAACAGUUUGAGCAAUACGGAGUCAUGUCCUCAGCAAAAAGUUGCACAAGAUGUUAUGAAAGAGAGUUUACCUGACGGGUCUGUCCGAGCUGCAUCAAACACCGAACCCCAACAAGAGCCCGAGAACGACAGAGACGCAGAGAACGACGGGGCAGCGGAAAUAUCAAAUAAAUCUCUGCCUCAGGGCGCUUCUGCUUCAGGGAAAAAGAAGAAAAAGAAGAGGAGAAGCAAAAAGAAAGGAGGAACUCAUGAAGAUAAGGAACAACAAAAAGAUGGAACAGCUACAAAAAAGGGCAAAAUAGAAGAAGACAUUGAAUCGGCUGCACAAGAUAAUGAGACAGAACCGGCAGAACCUGAUGUUGAAAACCUCAAAGAAUUGAGGGUGGUUCCAGUUAAAAAUGAGCAGGCAACACAAGAAACAGAGGAGGUAGACAGAAUAGAAGCAGUGCACCCGACUGAAAACUGGUCUCACAAUGAACCUCUCAAAGAAUCGAGGGUGGAUCAUGUUUCAGGUGAGCAAGACAAGGAACAAAGUUCGGAAACGGAAAAUAUAGAAGAAGUAGAAGCUGUGGCAACUACUGAAACCUUUUCUCACACUGAAACUCCCAACGAAAUAGUACUGGAUCAUGUUCUGGAUGAACAGAACAAGGAAACAGGAACAGUAGAAGCAGCGCAGACAGUGGCACCCGCUGAAAACUUUUCUUGUGGUGAAACUCUCAAGGAAACCUGCACAGAUCCCAAAACGGAUGAGCAAGACAAGGAACAAACUUUGGAAAGCAAGAUGGUAGAAGCAGUGGGAUCUCCAGCAAGUCCUGUACCAGAGACCAACCUCAGUACAUGUGAUCCUAUUGACAACUCCAAACGUGCAGAGAGCUCUCAUGGUCUUGAUAAAAUGUGUACUUCCAGUGUAGAGAACUCGAAAAGUGAAGCAGACAUCUCAACUAAUGUCAUCCAUACUGAUUCAGAAAUUGUUGAUAGUGUGGAGGGUGAAAGUGGGUCUGUUGAUGGGAGGAAAUCAGAAUGCACAACUAGUAAACCCAAAAACACCUUUGAAAGAAACGGGAAGGAAAACACUGAAGCUCAAUCUCAAGUUCCAAGCCAUGGUCCCAGUGCUGCUGAUGAAUCUAAAUCCACAAACAAUUCUGAGACCAACAAUAACACGUCAGUCUCCCUGUGUUCUACUGAUGGCUUCACAGAUGGUCUCAAGAGCUUGUCUGGCUCAGAGCCGCCUUCGGAGCUGUCCGCAACCGUGGAGUUGGGCAGCGAGGUUCCUGAUAGAGGUCCCGAGGAGGCAACUGUGACAGUCAAAGAUGAUGAGGAGCCAGGAGCAGAGACAGAACAAGAAUCCUUUUCUGCCAGUGCCAGUCAUGACGGGGAUAAUUCAGGGCUAAAAGCAGAAAAAGAGGAGCUGAGUGGAGACUUGAGGGAGGCCGAAGGUUUAGCCGAGCCAGACAGCCCCUCGCUUGACGAAAAAAGAGACAGUUGUGCAUCUUUAACGAAAAACACUGACGCAAUUGACGGCGAAAAGAGUCUGCUGGAGACCGCAGUGCAGGUAGAAGAACUGGAUGAUGUAAAAAGCCAGACAUUACAGUGUGAGGAUCCGAUUGAUGAAUCCAAUGCAGCCGUGUCCUCUGAAACAGAAGAGAUCGAUACCAUUAACACGUUAAAUACACCAGACUCUCCAAAAGAAGCUACUGAAAUUGGGUCCUCUAUCAAACAGGACCACAGUACUGAAGAAUCAGCUGUAGAAGAUCCAGAACAUAACAACAGUCAAAAGGAUCAGCAAAGUGAGACACCUGUUUGUCCUUCGGCAGAGCAACUGCAUGAACCCAGCAAAGACGAGUCUGGGGAAAAUGAUGCAUCUCAACCCACCCUGGAGGACAGUGAUGAAGGGGGCGUUGAAGAUGAGGAAGGGCAGUCUUUUGAUUUUGAUGACGUGGAUAUGGAGGCGGCUAUAGUGACACAUCUUUCUAAAAAUCCAAAAAAGGAAGAAGUCGAGGAGGGAGUUGAAGUCAUGUUAGACGACAGCAGCAAUGGUAGUUCAGAGUUGUGCCAAAGAAAUACUGAGUCGAAUGAGAGUACACCAGACGAGCCAGAAAGCAAUGCCGAGAAGUGUACGGUCGAUGGGGGUCACCAGAUAGAUACACUAGAUAAAGCGUCAGAUACUGUGCCUCAAGACAACCAACACUCUUCGGCUGACGAGGAGGCCCCGUCUGAAAAUGCUUGUGAAAAGCCGAACAGCGUGCCUGAGGAAGACGUAGGUGUAGCAGAGGAGCCCGGGCACAUCAUAGAGGAAGGACAUGUUUUGAAUGUUGGGGAGGUGGCUGUUGAUGCAGAGAACAUUAACCAGGCUGUGUCUUCGCCCAUAGAGGAAGGAUUAGACGCCAUGAAGCACGAGUUGCAGGGCGAAGAUUUGGUUUUGCCAAACAGUGCAGACCAAGUGGCCAGCAAUAAAGAGCCACCGCAGACAGGGAAAGAUGCGAAGAAGAACAGCAAGAGAGGCAAAGGCAAGGCCAAAGAGGACUGUAAAAUGUCUUAGCUUAUACAUGGUAUAUAGUAUAGUCUUUGCUUAGCUGUUUGCAAAGUAGUAAAGUAAAUAAAUGCUGAUCCUUCCAGCACUUUGAUUCUUUCCCAUUUGACUAAUGGUGCAAGUAUGUACAUUCUUUUAAUUAAAUUCCAUAUAACCAGUCCAAGAUCCAUACAUGAGUUUUCUUUGAAGUUAAAUGUGCAAAAACAAUUGAUUUGUGUAGAGAUGGGAAUGGAAACGGCUUGGUAACAGUAGACUUUACCAUUGGACAGUACUGUACUUGCUCAGUUAACAUUAUUUUGUUAUUGAUGCACAUGUAUCGUGCUGCUUGUAAUGUGUCACGGAUAAUAUUGCAACAUUUUCUCAUGCUACAGUUCCAGGAACUCAUACAUGUAUUCAUUUCAUAGGUGUAAAAUAAAAAAGAAAUAAAAGCACACAUGUUAAUUGGUCAUUCUCAUUAAGACUCCUGCGAACUAGCUUUUCCAUGUCCGAGCUGUAGUGUUGAAAGUUGUGAUGGUUAAAAAUGAAAAAUGCUUGGAGACGCUGUUCUGUUUAGGGGAUGUAGGGAUUAAUAAGGCUGUUGUUUGACAACAAAUCCAUUUCCAUCUACGAGGACUCUGGAUUCUAAAGCACAGAAAAUGUAUGAUAAAUGUAUGUUUGUGUUUUGUUGCACUGAAUGGAAAAGAUGAAUGUGGUGGGUCCACACUGAAGUGCCAAUAAAUACCCUGCUGUUACCAGAUUGAAA